UACAAACAUGAAAUCGUUUGUAGCCUUCCUAUUCAUUUUAACAGUGUCCUGCACAUUUUCAAAGCCAACAAACUUUGGUUUUCGUAAUUUAUACAAAACACCCAAAACGAAGGUAAAGAUAAAUCCUAGAAUUAUUGGUGGCCAGGAAGCAGAACCUCAUUCGAUUCCUUAUCAAGUUUUGCUUGAAGCCCAUUCUGAAACUCAAUUCUGGUACUGUGGUGGUUCUUUAAUUUCACAAAACUAUGUCCUCACAGCAGGGCACUGCGGUGUUGAUGCCACUGAAAUUUACGUCACUCUUGGUGCUCACAAGCCCCUCGAAGACGAAGAUACUCAGAUCACUCUAAUUAGUACUGAAGUCAAAAUCCACGAAGACUACGAUGGUGACAAGCUCAUCAACGAUAUUGGUCUUAUUAAGCUUCCAGAACCUGUAACUUUCACUUCGGCUAUUCAGCCUGCAAUUUUACCAUCUUACCAUGAUUCCGAGAAUACUUACGCAGGAGAUACCGCACGCGUGAGUGGUUGGGGGCUGACUAGUAUGUACGAAACUAAACUAUCAGAAGUUUUGAAUUACUUGGAUAUGGAAGUUAUGAGCAACGAAGCGUGUAUAGAAUUUUUUGAAGACGUUAUCCCGUCCAUAGUUUGCACUUCAGGUGAAAAUGAAACUGGAUCGUGUAGUGGAGAUUCUGGAGGUCCUCUUGUUUUUGAUGAUGUUCAGAUUGGUGUCGUUUCUUUUGGUGUCAUUUUUUGUAUGCCGAGUUAUCCAUCCGGAUUCACAAGAAUCACCAGCUUUCUGGAAUGGAUUGAAACUAAUUCUGACGUCGAGCUAAACAACUGAAAUAAUAUAAUAUUACAUCAUA